CUGCAGCUAUAGGUUGCACACAGCACAUACGCGUGUACCUUCGGUAACAAGAACGGAAAAGCUAUCCUUCGAUAAUUCGUGGUAUUGAUGAUCUGGGGGCCAUUUUCAGUCUAAAGUUUGACUUAUUAGAAAAGUCCUCGAAACAAAAAUAAAUGGAGCUUCAUCAGUGCUCAGGUAUAAGACAUUGAUGCGUUCCCUCACAAUCUAAUAUUUCAGACAUCAAUCACAAUAUACCCUUUAUUCUCCUUCAAGAUGAACAAGCCAAAUACAAAACCCUACCAUCUCCCAGAGGAUGCGAUCUGGCUGAGUAAGUAUCCCCUUUCCACAAAACAUACGAUUGCCAUUGACUCCAUCACAGUCACCGGCUGCUCCAGCGGAAUCAGCCGUGAAAUCGUGAAAUACGUAGCGGACAAAUCCCAAAGUCUCAUAGUCACAGCCCGAGACCCAUCAUCCCUCUCUUACCUCCCAGACAACGACCCAAGAAUCUUCAAGCACGCAUUAGACGUCACCUCGCCCACAUCCAUCGACGCAGCCUUCAAAGCAGCAACUGCGCAUUUCGGAGAUAGCUUCCAUAUCGACGUUGUCGUCAACAAUGCCGGGUACUCGCUGUCGGGUGAUACCGAAUCGGCCACGGAGGAGCAAACGCAUGAUGAGAUGGAGACGUUGUUUUUCGGUACGGCGCGUGUUACGAUGAGAGCUAUUGAGAUUAUGCGGCAGGAAAUAUAUCAGCCUGGGGGUUUGAUCUUUAAUAUCUCUUCUUUGGCGGGGGUUUGUGCGUUUCAGGGACAUGCUUAUUAUCAUGCUGGGAAACACGCGAUUGAAGGCUGGAGUGAGUCUGUUGCUACAGAAAUGCAUCCGGAUUGGAAUAGUACAUCACCCCCUCAUCUCAUCCACAGACAAUCUUUGCUAAUUAGUGUAAAUAGUCAAUUUCUGUAUCGUCGAACCAGCUGGCGUCAAGACUAAUUUCGAAGGCGGCAGCAAGAAAUAUAUGGAUCCCCAUCCUGCUUACACAGGUGCCGAUAUGCCCUCUCGACAAUUAGACGUCAUCGUCAAGCAAGCUUUGCAGAGUGGCGCGGGGAUUGAACCUAGUGCUAUUGCUGAAGCUUUGUUCAAGAUUGCAAGCAGAGAGGAGAAGGUUCCGCUUCAUUUACCGCUUGGAGCUACGGCUUUUCAGUUGAUUAGGAUGAAGUUGCAGAGUCGGUUGGCCGAGUUGGAUGCGUUGGAGGAGUUUGGUACAGUAUGAUUGAUCGGAUGUGAUCAUGUAAGGUGAUGAUGAAUUAUUUUGUCGUUUACGGUGUUCUUUUUACGGGUACCUGGUGCGAUGAAAUGUGACCUGGUCGUUGAUUUGUUUCCACUAUGCCUAUACUUCUCAUAGACAGCGGGGAUAUUUGAUGUAUACUAGACUCCUAUCA